CCAACGUGUUACGUUACUGUACGUAGCGCGCCGCUCCCCAACUUAUACCAACCUGAACCAACUUUAGGACAUAACUGGAUUUUUAGCGGAUAUUUUGGAACUUUUCUCUUCUUUCAUGUUGCUAAAGUAGCGAAUAUGGCGACAGUUGCACAUAAUGGUAAUGGGAUUGCUACAAACGGGAGUGUCUCAAGUGACGACUCCCCCGACGGGCGAGUUUCCAACGAAUAUGACCAUGAAGCGGAAGAUAUGCCCCAGAGAGCUUCAGCCGAUCAGAUGGACGCCGAAAGGCUCAAGAGUAUAGCCUAUCAAUAUCUCUGCCAUCUGGAAGAAGCCAAGAAAUGGAUGGAAGCGUGCAUCAGGGAAGACCUUCCUCCCACCACGGAGCUGGAAGAGGGAUUACGUAAUGGGGUGUACCUGGGAAAACUGGCACAUUUCUUCGCCCCAGACAAGGUACCCCUAAAGAGGAUCUAUGACAAGGACCAAAGUAGAUUCCAGGCCAAAGGACUUCAUUUUAGACACACAGAUAACACAGUGCAGUGGAUCAGAGCCAUGGAGGUUGUUGGAUUACCAUCGAUCUUUUAUCCAGAAACCACAGAUGUGUAUGAUAGGAAAAACAUGCCCAAGACUGUCUACUGCCUCCAUGCACUCAGCUUAUAUCUGUUCAAGCUUGGUAUUGCCCCUCAGAUCCAGGAUCUAUAUGGAAAAGUGGACUUCACAGAGGAGGAGAUUAGUGCUAUGCAGAGCGAGCUUGAUAAGUAUGGUAUCCAGAUGCCCCAGUUUCACAAGAUUGGUGGGAUCCUAGCAAACGAGCUCUCUGUUGAUGACGCAGCAGUCCACGCGGCCGUGAUCGCCAUCAACGAGGCCAUCGACAAGCAGGUCCCUUCGGACACGAUGACGGCGCUCCGGAAUCCCAACGCCCUCAUGCAGAACAUAGACGACAAUAACCAAGAUGCCUACCAGGAUUGCCUGUAUGAUGCCAAGCUAGCCAAGGCACAGAUCGCCCUCAAUAAGGCCUCAUUGAAGUCAACAAUAGAAGCUGAAGAAGACAUGGAUGCCUAUGACAUGCUGCUUACACAGGCAGAGAUACAGGGAAACCUAAACAAAGUCAAUCUAAAUACCCAACUGGACAAGGUGAACGACCUCCUGGACACCCAGAAUGCAUCUGAACUGGUUGAAGUACUGAUGAAUGCAGGCCUAGGACUCAAGGAUGUUUCAAGGGAGAACGCAGACUGGUAUCUUAAAAUCCUACAGCAGGCUAAGCAAAAUAAAAUAGAGGCUACCGGGAACCCCUACCCUAGAUUAGAGAAGGAAGAGGUCCAGGCUGGUGUAAACGCAGCUAACAUCCUAGCCAAGGAAGAAAAAGAUGUGGGUUUUGCAAUUCAAAACAUCAACUCAUUAAUCGACAACGGCACCCCGGAACAGCUUGUAGCGGCUCUAUCCAGACCGGAGGCUCAGCUCCCACACGUACACCCAUACUGCCAUGCACUCUACAAAACAGAACUAGCAAGGCUCAAGAUUAGCAAUGAAGGGGACUUAAACCUGGAGCAACUACAAGAUGCAGUCAGAGUUCUGUCAGCGGUAGCUAUGAUCAACCAGAGCAUUGAUUCGGGUCAAUCGAGUAAGACGGCAGAACUCUUACUCCAACAAGAUGCUUGCCUGGCCGACGUGGAGCAGGACAGUUCUUACCAUCAGAGAUACCAAGAUCAGCUUCUCGCUAUCAAGAGAGCUAAAGCUAAGGAAGGGGAAGAUUUCUUGACACAAGAAGAGAUCCAGGAGGUAGUGGAUGCAGUCAACUCUGAAGUACAGGAAGAACACCAACGUAUAAUGGCCGUAGCAGCAAUCAACGAAGCCAUCGAUGGAGGGGAUUCCGAACAGACCUUGAAAGCUCUUCAGAUGCCUGUGGCUAAACUAAGAGAGGUAGAAGAGCCCAACACUGUCCUCUACCAGAGAGUCCUACAUGCCGAGAAAGAGAGGAAAGGAAAGACACAAGGAGAUGACCAGGCUGUAUUGUGGCUAGAUGAGAUUCAAGGAGGAGUUGAUAAAGCUAACAAACAGACCAUAGCUGCUAAUAAAUUGGCUGUUGGCAUAGCAACGAUCAACAUGCUUAUAGAUGAAGGAGACGGCUCAACUCUGGUCGAAGCCCUCAAGAGUUCUGAUGUAGGUCUAAGGUCCGUCAAGCCAGACUGUGGAGACGAGUACCUCCAGGACCUGAAAGAAUGCAAAAACAACAAAGCACAAGCUGGUGAUGGUGGAGAUUGGACAUGUCAUCGGACACCAGAGGGAGAUGAUUUCUAUUUCAAUCUAUCGACUAUGGAAUCUAGCUGGGUUCAACCUCCAGACUAUGCACCUAGUAAUUCACAACUCUCUAAAGAAGAAAUUCAGGAAGUGGUAUCGAGAAUAACCGAAGCCAAGAACCGGGCCUUACUCUUUGAAGCCAACGAGGGCAACAUCGUCACCCUCCAAGCCCAUGCCAGGGGGAUGAUCGCUCGCAGGAAAUUCCAGGAACGUCGGAACUACCUUCACAAUCAGAUCCCUGCCAUAGUUAGGAUACAGAGCUUUGUGAAGGGAUGGAGACAGAAGAGAGCAUACAGGGAUAGGCUAGGUUACCUCAAGGACCAGGAGCCAUCGGUUGUUACGCUUCAAUCCUAUGCCAGAAUGACCUCAGCUCGUAAAGCUUACCAGAACAGACUCAAGUACUUCAGGGAUAAUGCCAAUGCCAUCAUCAAGCUUCAAGCUUUCUGGAGAUCAAACAGAGCAAGACAUGAUUACCACAUCCUCACUCAUUCUGACAUGCCACCAGUCACUGUGGUUAGGAAGUUUGUUCAUCUUCUUGAGCAGAAUGAAGUGGAUUUAUCUGAAGAACUUGAACUUCAAGAGUUGCGAGGGAAAGUCGUAAAGCAGAUCCGUGCUAACCAACAGGCAGAGAACGAUCUCAAUCUAAUGGAUAUCAAAAUUGGACUUCUUGUCAAAAAUAGGAUCACAUUACAGGAUGUUGUAAGUCACGGUCGUAAGAUGAAGCGUUCAGUCCAAGCCAGCCAGCCUCAGGGUCUGAAGACCCUCAGCAAGGAGAAACGUGACAUGCUGGAAGCGUACCAGCAUCUCUUCUAUCUCCUGCAAACCAACCCAACCUACCUGGCCAAGCUGAUCUUCGCCAUGCCUCAGAGCCGAACCACCAAGUUCAUGGAAUCGGUGAUCCUGACCCUCUACAACUACGCAGCCAAUCAGAGAGAAGAAUACCUCCUACUCAAGCUUUUCAAAACUGCCCUCGAGGAGGAGAUCAGGCGAAACUAUGAGUUAGUACAAGAGAUGCAGCAGACGUUCAUGAGUACGAGUAGGAGUGUACAGGUCAUUGACAACAAACCGGCUGAUGCUUCCAAAGUUGAUAGAAUGAUGGAGAUUGUGACAGGAAACCCUAUGGUCAUCAGGAUGGUCGUCACAUUCAACAGAGGUCAGAAAGGUCAGAGUUCACUGAGGGACAUCCUCCAGCCGUUGGUAAAGGGAGUGAUGGAGGAUAAGAAUCUAAACAUCAAUACCAAUCCUGUUGAGGUCUACAAGCAGUGGAUUAAUCAGAUGGAAACACAGACCGGAGAAGCCAGCAAGCUACCUUACGAUGUCCCAUCAGAUCAAGCCUUGAAACACAAGGAGGUCUUGGAGAGAUUAGAUGCAUCCGUUACACAGCUUGGUGAAGUCAGCAAGAGGUUCCUCAAUGCUAUCAUCUCAUCCGUUGAAAUGAUACCGUAUGGUAUCCGUUACAUUGCCAAAGUCCUGCGGGAGUCCCUUCAUGCCAAAUUCCCUGAUGCAUCAGAUGAAGAGGUUCUCAAGAUUGUAGGAAACCUGAUCUACUAUAGGUACAUGAAUCCUGCCAUCGUGGCUCCUGAUGCCUUCGACAUCAUCGACAUCGGGGUGGACAAGAUGAUGACGGUGGAACAGAGGAGGAACCUGGGAUCGAUCACCAAAGUACUUCAGAGCAUUGCUUCAGGGAAACAGUUCCUUGAGGAGAAUCUACAUCUUACCAAACUGAAUGAUCUAGUCAUCAAGUCCUUUGAGAAAUUCAAGGAUUUCUGUAGGAAAGUGUGUGAUGUCCCAGAGCCAGAGGUCAAGUUUAACAUCAAUGAAUACUCAGACUUUGUGAAUCCAUCCAAACCCAUCGUCUUCAUCUCUGUCAAAGAAAUCAUUGAUACGCAUGCACAACUUCUAGAGAAUCUUGAGGUGCUUGCCUCGGAUCAGAAUGAUCCUAUUCAUGAACUCCUUGAAGAUCUCGGAGAGGUGCCUUCUGUAGAAGAUAUCUUAGGUGAUACUCCAAGUGACAUACCGGAGCAACAGAUAGAGGCUUUGGUCCAGAACAUGGCUAAGACCGAGAUCUCUCUCACUCUCACCAAUAAGUUUGAGAUCCAUGAAGACGAUGACAGCGACAAGAAGAGGCUAUUCAUUAAAACCAAGAGGUUACUUGUUGAUAUCAUCAGAUGUCAAGCAGGGGAAACCAUACAACAAAUUUUACAGACAGAAGCUAAUGAAGACCAGGAAGAGGAGCAUAAUAGAUUGAUUGAUCAGAGGAUGAAGAGAGAUGCUAAGGCAAGUGAAGAAAGUAAAAUGACGAGAAAUACAUCACAACUAGAAGACAGCAAGCUCCCUCUUGAGGCCAAGAAGCGAAAGGUUGAGCGUAGCCUGAAGAUCUUGGCGGAAGCUGAGCUUGUUUCUGAGAAAGAUAAUUACCAAACCAUGGUCAAUGCUAUCGCACAGGAUAUUCGAAACCAGAGGAGAUACCGUCAGCGACGUAAGCAAGACAUAGUGAAACUCAGAUCAACUUAUAACGGUCUGGAAUCUAAAUCAACCUUCUACAACGAACAGAGUGAUUAUUACGCACAGUACAUCAAGACUUGUCUGGAUAACCUACAGGCUAAACGAUCAUCAAAGGCCAAGGCAAAGGACAGCAAGUCGGCCCUGAAAUACAAUGCUGCCAGACUGCAUGAGAAGGGUGUGAUCCUAGAGAUUGAUGGAUUAGAACAAUCUCAAUUCAAGAAUGUCAUGUUUGAGAUCUCGGCUACCAAUGUGCCCGGUGUUUUCGAUGUGUCGGCUAAAUUCCUUGGAGUCAAGAUGGAUAGCGUAGAACUUGUUUUCCAGGAUCUUCUUCAGCUACAGUACGAGGGCGCCGCGGUGAUGAACAUGUUCGGCAGAGCAAAGAUCAACGUCAAUCUCCUCAUCUUCCUCCUCAACAAGAAGUUCUACGGCAAGUAGGAGUUCAGCGAUGUCGCCGGGCAUGGCAACGAUAGAUACAUAGGCUUUGUAAAGUUUGUAAUAUAUUGUAUAGUACAUAUGAACUCUUAUAUUGAAAUAUAGAUUGUUUUAUGAAUGACCUAUGUUUGGUACAAAUGUUGGAAGAGGUGGGGUAUUUUUGUGUGGAUAAUGAAGUGAGAUGCUUGGAAAUGGCGUAAUUGAUAACAAACAAACGUUGUUGCUUUUGUUUUGGUUCUAUUUACCAUACUAUUUUUUACUCUUGAUGAUUUCUUAUAAUUUUCAAUUAAUUGUGCCAUUUUUUUGUAGAUUCCUGAUGUGCAGGAUCUAUGACCAAAUUGUUGAAUAUAAUUCACUUCUAUGGUUUUUUAUUAUAAUUAUUAUUUUUAUUAUUAUAAAAAUAAUGUUGAAAAAAUAAAAUAGUUUGAUAAAAUACAGAUUGUCAUAAACUGUUUAAUAUUGAAUUGAGUAGAAUUGUUAAGAUGAAAUUUAUCCUUUUUUUAACUAAAAAUCAUUUUCUCAGGAGAAAAUUAAGAAUACUUCUUUGACGAAUGCAAUAAGAAGGUACAUGUAGCACAAUGGAAAACUUGCAAAAUUAAAAUAGAUCAUCUUGACUUAUUUAUAUACAAUAGCCUUGUGCUGGAGAUAAUGAUUUUCUAAUUAUAAAAUAAUGUAAACAAAUAUAUAUGUGCCUGAUUCAUAUUCAUUUCAAUCA